UUCAUGCGCAUGCGCAUGUGUUUUUGUACAUGCUUUUCGGGGCCAUGUAUUUGAGGCAAGUUAGCAGUCUAGUAUAUAAAUAUAAAUGUCUAUGGUUAAUAUCCCAACCUGACCCUAACCUUAACUAAUCGUGCCGAUCAGCUGAUCGUAAAAUACAGCUGAUCGUUGACGUUCGCGGGGGAAAUCGAGGAGCUAGAUUCCAAUCUACGGGAUAUAUAGAUCAUCCGAGCUCUGAUAAUCGCCCCGUUUCCCGCAAACUUCGACCGUAGCAACGUGGUAUGUCGUGCGGACGGGAAACCAAGCGACGCGCGGCAGGCCUGACUAAAGUCGACGGAGACUGAGAUCUUUCUCGUUCUGAAAUUAUGUCCGCGCGUACGUGAUUCAUGCGGCGACUCGGAGAUCGCGGGCGUUCUAGGUACGGCACUGGUCGCGCAGAUUUACGAGGAGGAAUUCGGCAGGCGAGCGCGAGCGCGGUCUUCUCCUGCGACGGAAGUCCUUCCCAAUGACGCGACUGCGGCUCGAUGCGCUCAUGCCCAAGCUCCAGUCGAUCAUCCGCCGUAGGUUCCUCGCCCGGGCGAACGUGCUCACGUGCCUGCUCGUGGCCGUCCUCGUCUUCCUGUGCGUGCGCUACCUGCCGGCGCGGGAAUGCCAGCCGGACCGGCAGAUCCCGGAGAGCAAGCCCAAGUACCGGCUGAUCGUCCUGAUCCUGAGCGGCCCGGACAACCUAGAACGCCGCGACACCAUCAGGAAGACCUGGUUGGCCGACCGCGGCCAGGAUGCCACGGUGCGGCACUUCUUCGUCAUCGGCACCCAGGACAUCCUGCCGGAGCAGCGGAACACUCUGCGGUCGGAGAAGGAGAAGUUUGACGAUCUCCUGCUGCUGCCCAGAUUGCAGGAUUCCUACGGCACGCUGACGAAGAAGGUCCUCCACGCCCUGAGGAACGUCCACGAGCGUUAUGACUUUGAUUACCUGCUGAAAUGCGACGACGACUCCUACGUGCUGGUGCACAAGAUUCUGAAGGAGCUGGACAGGUGGCAGAAUAAAGGCACUAGACGCGAGCUCUACUGGGGCUUCUUCAAUGGUCGGGCGCAGGUGAAGAGAAGUGGACCCUGGAAGGAGACCGAUUGGAUCCUCUGCGAUUAUUAUCUCCCUUACGCUCUGGGUGGUGGAUAUGUCCUAUCUUACAACCUCGUCAAAUUCAUCGCCGACAAUGCGGACAUCCUCAAACUGCAUAAUUCCGAGGACAUCUCCGUCGGCCUUUGGUUAGCACCGCUGGCGAACAUCGAGAGGAAGCACGACGUGCGCUUCGAUACGGAGUACAGAUCGCGAGGCUGCUCCAAUCAGUACAUAAUCACGCACAAACAAACGAUCCAAAAUAUGAGAAGUAUGCAUGAGCAUUAUCAAGUCUCCGGCGCAUUGUGUUCCAAGGAAGUGAGGAAUCGCAUGAGUUAUCAGUACAAUUGGACCGCGCCACCCAGCCAGUGCUGCAAUAGACAAUCCGGCAUCCCUUAACGUAGAGAGAAGAGAUUUUUGCAAUUCUAGUCUGGUUUUUUGAUAUUUGCUCAAAAAACAUUUACCAUGUAAUGACUAAGAUUUCCAUUUAUAUUCUGAUUUGUACUCUCAGGAUAUAUCGAUAUUAAAUACUAAUUAAAGCGCAUAGAUAUAGCUUUUCAAGGAUAAGCAAUUUAAACAGUAUUACUAAAGUUCAGAUGAUUAUAGCGAAUUCGUGAUAUUUCUUUGUAGGAUUUCAAAGCGAUAACUUCAAAUCCAGAUUUUAUUCGUUAUUCGAACAUAAUUGUACAAUAACGCUGUUAAGUAAUUAAUUGAAAACGCUUGUAAAUACGUAUUUUGUACAUACUUUAGCAAUGGGCAGGUAGACAAACAUGAGAUAAGUUUUGAUGAAGUAAAUAUAUUUUUCUUAAUUGUAUUGCUGUACUUUGUUUAUAAUACAUAUUUUAUUCUUUCAACAAGAACUUACUUUACGUAUAAAA